AUGAUGCCGCACGAGACUCUCAGCUCCUGGCAGCAGGCGAGGAGGAGACUGACAGAUCCUCAGCUCUGGUCGUUAAAAAAGUAGUUUAUUGUGAUUUUAAAAAGUGAGUCAAAAGUGACUCGUCUAUUAACGAUACGAUAUCAAAAUUCCACGUGUCACUUGGUCAGCUGUCGUUAAGGUCCCGCCGGUCGUUGAUCUCAUUCACAAGUCGGUCCAGUGAGUGACUAAGGACGCGGGGAAAGGCCAUCGCUCUGUUUCAACAGCUGGCUCGCCUUCUGCUCCCUCUGAACAUGUUGGCCUGGAACUGAACAGGCCACACCCUCUUCAAAAUUUCCUCAAUGCCUGUGGGGCUACCACCUCACAACCCAUCCACUCCUGUAUCCAUCGGAUCUGCUUUGCAAUAAAGGGGCAUUGGGAGUCCCGGAUCCAGGGACUGGUUGAGCAGAGAAUCUCUUAAAGCGACCGCCGAAUUGUGCCAGAGCACAGUCCAGGAGAGGUCAGAGGGUCGCUCUUAAUCCAGCCAGCCAGCCAGCCGCCGGGGCUGUUGAGCAGGUGGGCCCCGGUCAGCGAGCGAUGAGCUGGGCCGAGGAGGACUGGACGGUGGGGCUGUCAGGCCGCGUCCUGCUCAAGGUGAAGGAGCUGCAGGUUCAGCAGGACCGACUCUCCAGGGAGAAUAAGCAGAGGCAGCUGCAGCUCGACAACUCCCAGGAUGCACUCAACAAGCAGAAGAUCAAGCAUGAGGAGGUGCGCCGGGAGCUCCAGAUCCUGCAGAGAGAGCUCAAGGGGGUGCAGGAGGAUGCGCAGGCCCAGACCAGCAGCGCCCAGCGCCUGUCCCUGGACCUACAGACCAGGCAGACCCUGGUGUGCUCCCUGGAGGGCCAGCUAGACGCCGCACGCACCCUCACCCAGAACCUGACGCUGGAGGUCAAAAGACUGGAGGCGGAGCUGGAGAAGCUGCAGACCAGCCAGGAGGCCGGCCUCUUCUCCACCCCCUGCUGGAACACAACCUCACCCUGGGUAGACAAUGCAGGGAAGCAGAAGGAGGAGAGGACGGGCCAGAGAGGGGAUGGGGACAGCCGGAGUGUCAGACAGCAGCUGCAGUACUCCGACACGCCCACGGGCUCGUUGCCACGGCAAGGCGGCAGGACCCCGCAACGCCACUCCUCUGACCAAUCAGAGAUCUUCUCCACUCCCAUGGCGGUGUUUCCCUGGGAGCGGGACGACUCAAAGCCCCCCAGCCGGGGUCGCGGCCGGGCCGCGACUCCCCAGGCGCCCCCCGCUGACCACCGGGGCGGCAGCCAGCCGCAGCCGAGGGACCGCGGGAGGACGGAGGACGUCAGCAAAGAGGCCGAUGCGUGUGCGUCUGAGCUGCGAGGCCGCAUCGGCGCCCUGGAGGCGGAGCUCCGCGCGGAGACCAUCCGGGUGAAGGCCAGCCAGGAGCAGCUGGGGCGGAGCCAGAAGGAGCUGGCCGCCGCAGAGACCAGCCUUCAGAAGAGCCGCGACCAGAUCAGCCAGGCCCAGACACGCACGCUUCAGGAGACCGACCGGGCGUCGGUGGCGGAGCUGAAGGUGAAGAAGCUGCAGGAGGAGCUGAAGUGCCAGGGUCAGAAUGCGGAAAGCAGCCGCCUGCAGCACCAGCAGCGCACCAAAGAGCUGGAGAAGCAGCACCAGAUGGACGUAUCCGAGCUCCAGAAGGAGAGGCAGCGCCUGGAGAAGCAGCAGCAGCAGGAGGUGACCAAACUGAACCAGGAGCUGCAGCAGGCCAGAGUCCUGCACAACACCCUGCAGGCCCAGGCCGAGAAGUUGUCCCUCCAGAAGCAGACGUUGGAACGAGAGGUGGAGGCGCUGAAAGCCAAGCUUAAAUGGACCGAGGGACAACUGCAGGAGAGCGAGAAGAAGGAGGCUCAGACACAAGCCAAGCUGACGGAGGCGCUGCGGGAGGCGCAGGGCGUGGCGGCCAGCCUGGAACAAAGCACCAGGAGAGGGAAGUCCCUGGAGGAGGAGGGGAGGAGAGCGACGCAGGAGCGGGACGACGCCCUGCUGCUCCUCAAGGAGCUGAGGGAGCAAAACGCUGCCCUGGCUCUCCAUGCGGCCCCCAUCCAACCCUGCUCCCUGGGUCAUAGCUUCUCCCCCCCAGAGCCCCGGCCCUCGGGCCCCGGCAGGAAGCCCCCAGGAGAGCAGCGCCCCGGGCAGGGCAGAGGGCGCCAGGCGGCCCCCAAGUACCCCAUGGAAAGAGAACCCGGGGAAGGCCUCGACGCGGAGCACAUGACCGCCAGGGGCCCGUCCACGGACUCUGAGAUCCCGCAGGGGAGCCGACCCGAGGGCGACGACGCUAUUCGCGGCAACCGCCCUGGGUCGCCGAAGAUCCACGCCGGGCACCCACCUCACGCCUCGCUCCCUCCGCAGUCGGAGGCCGCUGUGGAGGCCGGCGUCCCGCCCAAAGAACCGGGGGCGGGGGCGGACGCCCUCCGCAAGGAGAACGCGGCGCUGGCCUCGGACCUGCGGGACGCGCGGGAGGAGCUCCAGCGGCGCCUGGAGGACCUGGAGACACAGCGGCGGGCGGAGGCGGAGGCCCGGACCCGGCUGAAGCAGCUCAGCAAGAAGCGCACGGGCCGCGAGGCGGAGCUGGAGGAGCAGGAGCGGGAGACCAAAGGGGAGCUGGAGCGGGAGCGCUCGGAGACGGAGCGGCUCCGGAAGGCCCUGGCCACCCUGCAGGCCCAGCUGAGUAGUAAGGAGAGAGAGGAGGUGGAGGAGGAGGUGCGGGGGGACCCGGGGAGAGAGGACAGGGAGCAGGAGCUGGUGGAGCUGAACAUCCAGAUGAAAGCCCAGCUGUCGGAGGCCCGGGCCCAGCUGGCCCUGGAGCGGGAGGAGCGGCAGCGGGAGGAAGAGGAGAGGACGAAGGCUGUUGUGAGCGCUGUGGACGCGGAGGAGAAGGCCGGGCUGAGCGGCCGGCUGGCCGAGCUGGAGGCAGAGCUGGAGGAGCUGAAGCGGCGUGGGGAGAAGGACGCGCAGCGCGCCGAGGCCGACGCCCCGCUGACAUACCUGACGCUGCGCCGCGACGACAAGCUCAACGCCAACAUCGCCGCCCUCUGCCCGGGCCUCGACGACAACCAGAGCCUGCUGCCCUCGCCAGAACUCAACCGCCUCUUCUGCCUCACCGCCAACCAGCUCAACGCCGCCGCCUCGCAGGCCACUGCCCAGCUCAUCCUGAAGGGAGACCAGGACCCGAUGGAGGGGACCAGCCCGGAGCUGGAGGACUCCACCCCAGAGGAGCUCAGCUCAGCCUCGGACUGCCCUGAGACCCCCAGCCCCCCCGACCUAGCCAGGGAGGUGGCCCGCCUGCAGGAGGAGAAGACGGGGAUGGCCCGGCGUGCCGGGCAGAGCCAGGCUAGACUACAGGCCCUGCAGGCCCAGGUGACCCGUCAGACCCAGCAGCUCACCAUGGCCUUUGAGCUGCAGAGCCAGCACAUCAGAGGCCUUCUGGUGGAGCUGCAGGAGAAGGAGGGCGCCCUCCUCAGGCAGGGAGGGGAGCUGCAGGGCUGCAGGCAGGAGCUGGCUCAGCUCACGGCCCAGACGGCUCCGAUGGAGGGGGACCCGGCCCCGGCCCUGACCCUGACCCCGGCCCCGGGCCCCAGUGGUCCAGGUCCUGAGCUUCACACUGCAGCCUCUCCAUCAGAACCCUCCUCCAGAGACUCAGUCAAGCACAUAGCCGGUGGCGACAAACACCAGGCAUCUGAACGAAGCUCUGACAGCGAAGCAGGAGCCCCGUCGCCAGGGGCCCCCAAGGGGAUCCACGCCCCCACCGCCGACCCCCUGCCCCUUGCGCAGCCAGCGCGCAUCUGCAGCGAUUCAGGCAGAGAGGGGGGAGGGGGCACGGCGGCACAGACGCCCACCCCCCGGUCGGAGACCCUGCCGGGGAGCGGUGAGUCAGGGGAGGAGGGCCCCCCCGUCUCAGACGCCAGGGGCCAAGACUCCGACCCAGGCCCAAAGACGGACCCCUGCAGAGCCGUAUCCCGGACCCCCGGAGGGGAGCGGGAACGCCAGGGGGUGGGGUCACUUGACAGCAGCGAGAGUUCACAGGAAUUGACGGGCAGCAGGGAUGAAGGGGUGGACAGGGAAGAAACCAGGAAGGAGGAGAAGGCACAAGACCCUCUAGUUAAAGUCAGCCGCUUGGAGAAGCAGGUGGUGGCGCUGCAGGCCGAGCUCAGGACUGUGUCUGAGGAGAAGGAGAAGCAGGCUGAGGAGCUGGUUCUGUGGAGACUGGCCUCCCCCCCCACCGCAGCCUCCAGGUCCCAGGAGCCCAGCCCGGGCCUCAAGGACCCCCCUCCGCCUCUAAACGGCCCUCUGAGGCGGCCGGAGAGCUCCCAAUCUCCCAGAGGAGCCCUGGAGGUGAUGGCUCCGGCUCCUACGCCGGGCGCCGGGGAGCCUGAGGUCACAAAGGACCUGUGGCAGGACAGAGGCACCCUGACAGUGAUCAGAGAGGACCAGCUGAUCCUGUCCUGCUCCUCGAAGAAAAUACAGGGCACCAUGCUGACCUGCAGAGUGCAGCAGAGUGACCCGACGGAGCCAAAGAGUGUAUUUAACGUUGAGAAGACCUUCACACCACAGGACAGCGACGACCUGAUCGACGAUGAGGGCUCCGACAAGGAAAACAUGGACGGCAACCGCUGUCUGGGCGCUACAACCAAAUCGCCGCCGCCGCCGCCGCACGGGGCCCUCGUAAGAGCCUCCAGCGACCCGCGCCGUGGCCCCAGAGACACCACGGCGGGGACGCCGCAGACCAAAGCCUCGCAGCGCGGCGAACAGGAAGCCACGCCGACCAACGCCACGCGCCGCGCCGAACAAGGGGCGCCUUCCCCCACGCCCGCGGCGUCCCAGCGCGAGACCAGCGGGCGGCCUUCCCUAAGGAGCGCCGCCACUCAGACCCACGCCUCUCCGCUUCCCACCGGAGCCGCCGGCCCGCCCCUGUUCCUCCACGCCUGCACUCAGACCGAGGAGGUGGUGGUGGAGGAGGCGGAGGCGGUGGAGGAGGAGGUGCAGGGGGCGGCAGAGCGGCUGCUGUUCUCCGGGUCGUUCCCCAUCCCGGCCGACCCGGCCCGCCUGGCCGAGCGCAUCCGCCGCAACCGCAGCCAGCUGUCGGCGGCCUUCGACGACACGGAGUACGAGCCCUACGGCCUGCCCGAGGUGGUGAUGAAGGGGUUCGCCGACAUCCCCAGCGGCAACUCGUGUCCCUACAUCGUCCGGCGCGGCCUGCUGGGCACGCCCGCCGUGCCGCUCCCGCCGUCGGACACGCCCCCCAGGGAGGAGACGGACUAGACGCCGGCGCCAGAACCAAAGGACGUCGCGUGACCAGUGGUAUCCAUGACAACCAUCCCAGUCACCAGCAUCACCCAGCUGCCAGCAAGUACACCCUCCUGCCACACGUCUACGGGACAAUCCGUGAGAUGGACAUGUCCACCGCGUAGAGGAGGGAUGCCUUAAUGCCCUCACACAGGGAGCCUUUAGAUGUGUAUGGAUGUCAUGAGGGACCAGAUGAACCUCUUUCCCAAAAGGAGGCCACAAAUACUAGCCUUGCACGCUUUUUGAAUGGACCAAAUGGGUUGCUAUUUUAUUUCAUUGUUGUAUUAUUAUUUGCCAGCCCUCUGAGUGUUUGUGGUUUAUGUAAUAGAGCUUUAUCUUUUCCAAACGGGGGAGAAUCCACUUGAAAUUGUCAGCUUUCCUUAUUUAAAGAUCUGCCUUAAACAGAAAAUGGGAGUGUGUGUGUGUGUGUGUGUGUGUGUGUGUGUGUGUGUGUGUGUGUGUGUGUGUGUGUGUGUGUGUGUGUGUGUGUGUGUGUGUGUGUGUGUGUGUGUGUGUGUGUGUGUGUGUGUGUGUGUCAAGCGAGCAAGUGAAAGUUUGUUCACCAGCGCCUUCUGUGAGAUGGGUUUAUUGUUUAAGUGUCGUCAUCGCAGCGUUGCUGUGUGGGAGAACGUGUGUGUGUGUGAGCGUGUGUGUGUGAGAGCGUGUGUGUGUGUGUGUGUGUGUGCACACGUGCGCAGAGAGAGAAGACUUGUAGAGCAGGAGCCUAUGACUCACAGACGGACCUGCCGGCUUUCCGCUCCAUGUAUGGAGCUGCACUGUGUAAAAGCCCCCCUCCCUAUGUCUCCUGUGUUCCUCCCCUGCCCUCGUGGCCCCCCCAAGCCCCCUCCAGCCCAUCCAUCUCUUCAUUUACUGACAAAUACCUGGCUGAAGUGUUGCCCUAGGGAAUACACUGACCGUUUUAGUCUAGAUUUAUUCUCCUGGUAGAACCCAUCACUUGUAAUAUAUCUGAUGGAUGUAUGUUUUCCUCCCCCCCACCCCCCCCCGGUACUAUAUAUUUAUGUUGUGUUUUUGUUUUGUGCUGCGAACACGUAGAACACUUUAAAGGAUGAGAGGAUGAAUCAGGGGCCAGCCAGGCCACAGGUGUACUGACCGGGAGGCUGUUUCAUCAGAGAGUGGACGACACUGCUCUGAUUCACUGUGUGUGUCUCAGUGCAAACACUAGUCCCACCUUAGCGUUGAAUAGACACUUGCUGUAGUGUAAUGAGUGGGUUAAAAUGUGUUACUUUUUGAUGUACACAUUUGAUAUGGACAAGGAGGCGUUCUGUAACGUCGGCCCUCUGACCAUCACACACUGCCUUAAUAUCUCUGGGAUCUGUAGUGUUGUUGUUUUUAUAGUUCUGUUAAACAGUUGAAGGCACUCGUAGCACUGUGAACCUCUCGCCCUCAGGGUGAGGCUGUUGUAUGUGAAUAGUUUAUUGUUGGCACGUAGAAUAAAACACUGCUGCUAAAAAAAA